AUGUCGGUGCUUACAUAUGGCAGUGCCAUCUGGCCCGACGCACUCGAGUUGCAAGAAGCAUGCCGCAGGAUCGCACCAGUCUAUCGGCUGAGUGCCCUUAGAGUUGCAAGUGCAUAUCGGACGAUAUCUGAGGAUGCGGUGGAUGCCUGGCUCAAUCAUGAACACGGAGAGGUUGAUUAUUACCUGACACAGAUGCUCGCGGGGCGUGGGUGUUUUGGGGCCUAUCUCUACAAAUUCAAAUACGAAGAUUCUCCGAAGUACCCGACAUGCCUAGGAGUAGACGAGGAGGCAGAACACGUGUUCUUAAUAUGCCCACGUUUUAGUGAGGCCCGGAGCAGCUGGGAGGCAACACAUGGAAGGCAGACUCUGCCUGAGAACCUGAUGGAAGUUUUACUGUCAUCACAGGCAGCUUGGGAAGCAGCGCGUAACUUCGCGACCACGGUCAUGAAGGAGCUCAGGAAUGAGGAACGCAAACGUAAAUCUGCAGAAUAG